AAACCAAAGUAGUCGUGAACAAUACAUCUGGUAAUAUCGCACGCGUUGUGUGUACGUGUGUCGCCAUACUGUUACGGUACCAAACGCAAGUUGGUUGUACUCGAUGUGCACAUACUGGUAUACAUGCUCUGACUUUACUUUUCUCCCAGAUUUUCGACAUGUAGGUCUCCAAUUUGCGCCCGAGUACUCUGUCUGAAAAGUGAAGAACAUAAAGAUGGCAGCAUCUAGUCCAAACGAGCCAGUUGAGAGCUCCUGUUUGGAGUUUCUCAAAGAUGACAACAACGAGGAGGAUUUGACUGCCGAAUUAUCCUCACAUCCUUGUGAGGAAUUAAGGACACUGUCUACCAGGGUCCAGAAACUUGAGGAUAAGGAAGCCUCUCAACAACUGGAGGUUCAAGAGUUGAAGUCGCAGAUGGAGGUUUUAAAGCAGGACCAGGAGAAAAUGACCACCGUUGAGGUAGAGGUCGAAGAGGCACGGAGUUACGCUAGGGCCAUGUCGGCAGAGCGGGAAGCCAUCGCGCGCGAACGGGACGAAGCGCUCAUGAAGACGGCGGUUAAGGAGGAACGGCUGCGCCAGGUCGGCUUGGCGCUGGCACGAGCCGAGAUUGAAAGAAACGCGAUUGAAAAAGACUACCAGGAAAAAGUGGAAACACUGAGGCGCAGCCACAACAUACAAAACGACAAGUUGAGGUUGUGGGAGGAAGAAAUCAAUCAAGUGAGAACCGAGAAUGCAGAACUUAAGCGAGAAAACAACUUUCUGAGGGCGACUUUCUUCGAGGUCAAUCCCAACAUAAAAGACCGCCAGCGGCUCAAGUGUUUCUCGUGCUCCCAAAGUUACUCCGUGGAAUCUCCAUCGACAGAGGCGUGCACCUUCCAUCCGCUGCCGCCCGUGCCUCCCUCGGUGUGGCAACGCUGGAAACACGGUCAUUUGUACAAUUACCGACGGUCCGAACACCGUCAGUGCUACUACUGGUCGUGCUGCAACACGCUCUCCGCCAGUGGUCGGAGGCCGGAGGGGUGCCGUCGGGGACCGCAUCACCAGAGAUGGGAAAUGGAUGUCCAGAUGAAACGCGUCAUGUUGUCGCGGGAGAACGUCUUGAAUGAAAACGACGAGCUGCAGGAUCCUACAAUCUUUUAAAGGCCAGAUUUCAGUACAAUUUAAGAGGCUAUCAAGGUUAACGGAAGCCCCCCCCAGUUAACGGAAGCAUAAAAGACAGUUACCUUAAUACGCAUGCGUGAUUAGCGUGAGUGAUUUUUUUUUAUAAUCGUGUUUAAUCAAGUCCUGCUGUCCUGUACUCAUCGAUGACAUAACUAUUACCUUUCCCGUGAUUCGUGGCUUUUGGGGAUAUUUUCAUAAAGGAAAGUUAAGUCCGAGGACCACUUCGUUACUAACUGACGCAUGCCCAUUAUGUUGUCAGUGACUAUACAAAGUCAUGGACUUGAUUGCAAAUAAGAAAUUGCUCCCCGGUCGUCCAUUUUUAAUGGACGGCCAGAGAAAGUACCAACUCGUUUUUGUAUAUUAUGCACUUAAUUGUCCUGUACAGCUCAUAAAUGUAGAAAAUGAAAACCUGUAUACAUGUAUAAUUCUAAUAGGGAGUAAGGUUGCGUUGCGGUUCUUUCCUUGCCUUCCACUGCCGUGACGGUGGUUCGAUUACCGCCUGGGCAAUGUGGAUUGGGCUGUCAGUCCCUGCCUGAUUCCGUGGGUAUUCCCCAGAAUAUUUACUUCUGUAGUUUUCCUCCCACCUCUUAAGCUGUAAUUUCUUCUCAUUGUCCACUCUCUACAGGUUUUUUUCAGGCUUGCGAGCUUCAUAGGGCGCUUUUGAGGAAUCCAUGGUUUCAUUACCAGAAAUAAUUAAUUAAAAAUAAUGAUAAUUAUAACUUCCGUGUGUAAUAAACUUGUUUACCUUUGCUUGUUAAAUAUUAGCUUUGAAGACAAUUUAAAAAAAAAGUUGUACACAGAUUCAUUUUGUUCGGUCAAUUUGAACAAGUGACGGUGGGAAGAAAAUUCUCACGACUUCUUUUUCUGAAUCGGGACAUUAGGACAUUGAUUGACUAGUAUGUUGACACAAUAACAACCGUUACUGUACAUAGAGAUUGGAGUGAGUUUCUCGUGUUGCAAGAACACUUCAGCAUUUCAGAUUUGUAAAUACCUCAAAAGAUUUCAGUAUCAAUUACUUUGUUUCAGCGUCUCAUUCGACUUGAGAUAUUUACAAUAUUUCAUUUAUUUUAAUUAUGAAAAACAAAAUUCAACUCAUACAUUUUAAAAACACUAUUUUAAAAUAAAUACAUCAUUGUUUUACUGGAGUUUCGCAUUAAAAUAGUCCUUU